AUGCUGCUCGGUGAAGCGGGAUCCCAGGUCGCAAACGUGUAGCACAUUCUUACAACCGGGCUGGUGAAUGAAACUCUCAGAUUGAUACAGUGUGCUUGAAGCUCAGCUGAUCUUACUUCAGUACUUCAUUUCCAUCAUCAACCCUCAUCUGUGAGUGUGAAGAUGCCUCCAGCAACAGGAGGUCCAGUGGGCUACACUCCUCCAGAGGGCGGCUGGGGCUGGGCAGUGGUGGUCGGAGCCUUUAUCAGCAUCGGCUUCUCUUAUGCCUUCCCAAAAUCCAUCACGGUGUUCUUCAAGGAGAUUGAGGUCAUAUUUAAUGCCACCAGCAGCCAGGUGUCAUGGAUCUCCUCAAUCAUGCUGGCUGUCAUGUAUGCUGGAGGACCAAUCAGCAGUAUUCUUGUGAAUAAGUUUGGUAGUCGGCCAAUCAUGAUCGCUGGAGGAUGUCUGUCAGGCACGGGAUUAGUUGCUGCAUCCUUCUGUGACACAGUGGAGGGGCUGUACUUCUGUGUGGGAGUCAUAGGCGGACUUGGUUUGGCUUUCAAUCUGAAUCCGGCAUUAACCAUGAUUGGCAAAUACUUCUACAAGCGUCGGCCAAUCGCUAACGGCAUCGCCAUGGCAGGAAGCCCAGUGUUCUUGUCGACUCUGGCCCCGUUGAACAGCUGGCUGUUUGAUCAGUUCGGGUGGAGAGGCAGUUUCCUCAUCCUAGGCGGAGCUCUGCUCAACUGCUGCGUCGCUGGAUCAUUAAUGCGGCCCAUUGGACCAAAACCACAACCAGCCAUACCCAAAGAGGAUGCUGAAAUCAAACCACAAGAGAAAAAAACCGUGAUGCAGACCAUAAACGGCUUCCUGGAUCUGACCCUCUUCACCCACCGAGGCUUCUUGCUGUACUUGCUAGGAAACGUCAUCAUGUUUUUUGGCCUCUUCGCGCCUCUUGUGUUCCUCAGUAAUUACGCAAAAAGCAAACAUAUCUCCAAAGACAAGGCUGCAUUCUUGUUGUCCAUCUUGGCUUUCACAGACAUGAUCGCUCGGCCGUCUAUGGGUCUGGUGGCAAACACACGGUGGGUUCGUCCGCGUAUCCAAUACUUUUUCGCUGCGUCUGUGCUGUAUAAUGGCGUCUGCCACUUGUUGGCGCCACUCUCCACCGAUUACUUGGGCUUUGCCAUUUAUGCAGUGUUUUUCGGAGUGGCGUUCGGCUGGCUCAGUUCUGUGCUUUUCGAGACGCUCAUGGAUCUUGUAGGAGCUCAGAGGUUCUCCAGUGCUGUUGGGUUGGUCACCAUUGUGGAAUGUGCGCCUGUGCUGCUCGGGCCGCCACUGCUGGGACGACUCAACGAUAUCUAUGAUGACUAUAAGUACACAUAUCAGGGCUGUGGAAUCGUUCUGGUGAUUGCCAGCAUCUUCCUGUUUGUGGGAAUGGGUAUUAACUACCGACUGGUAGACAAGGAGAAGAAAGAGGAAGAGAAAAGAGCCAAACUGGAAGACAAAGACGAGGAGACCAAUUUAGACAAUGCCCUAAACGAGAAGGAAAAGGAGGCAGAUGGAGUCGUAUAGGAUGUGUGAGCCGACAUUAGACACUAAUAAUGCGUGCACACACCAGCAAUCCAUGUCUUCCAGAUCUGACUGUCCAAAUCAUCAAAUGGUGAAAUCAGUUCCCUUCUAAUAUAGAACAGCACAAUGGACUGCGCGUCUCAAAUAUGAAUUUCAUUCUCCCAAUGUUCAUAAGGGAGGCUCUUGUACCUUUUCACAGUUCCCCUAUUUUCUGACCUAUUACAAGCAUUAUAUGAGCAUUCCUAGUGUUUUGACUCCAAAAUUAUACUGUUUAUCCACCUUUAAAUGCAGCUACAAAAUGCACAUUUAAAUACGAAGCCGAUUUUUGUCAAAUUCGUGACAGUUAAGGUGACUCAUGUGCACAGAAUUUGUCAAAUCAAGACAUGGGGAAAAAGAAAGGUCUUUCAUUCUUCAGUCGGUUUCCAUUGUAGGAAUAGUGUUAGACUAAAGGUCAUUAUUGUAUGUUGUUUUUAAGGUUGAAUGCAGAUUUUGUUUUAGUGUUUGGUAGUUGUUGUCUUCCAAGUUCUGAUUGGCUGGGAGAAAAACAAUGGUGCCAUGCUUUGCUACACUGCCAUAAAAAGGCAAAAUGCAGAAAUUACAGCAAGACUGAAACAGUGAAA